AAAUUAUUAUUUGAUGCAUCGUUAUCAACAUUGCACCAGCUAAUACUAAAUAUGUAUCUAUAUUAGUAGCAUUUCUAUAGUAGACUAUCGAUUAACCCACCCGCAAGCUCACGCGCGGUGGUGCUACGAGUUCAAUGGUCAGCGCGACUCACACUGCUCUCGCAUCAUAGAACGUCCCACAUACUCGCGCGACAUCAACAACAAUGGUUAACCGUAGUCUGUUUUGGUAGGAAAUUUCUGAUUGGAGCUAGACGGUCCGAAAGAUUAGUCGCUGUAUUCAUAUCUUAUUUCUUUUUUUGAAUCGGCGAGUUUUAUUUUCAGACAAGAGGGUUCGUCUAUUGCUAUAUUUUUCGUUUUACAUUUUUUUUUAUUUCGAAAAUGUGCGAGGCGCUGUUGGCCAGCUCACACAGUCUGUGCAUGUGUGUCCCUGCUGCUUUUCUACUGGGCUACGGCUACUAACCUAGCUGCUUUUCACUCGGUGGUUAGCUAACGUUAGCCUGGCCGCGUUUAUUGACUUGAGGGGAAAACACAAGCGAAUGCAAAGCGUGUUUGUGCGAUCUGUUUUAUGACAACAGCCCUUAACUAUUUUCUAGUCGUUGCUGUCGGGUACGGUAAGAAUUGUUGUAUGAUUUGUCGUAGAAAAUACUUUGCUGGCUAGCUAACAGGCUAGCUAUUUGUGUGUAUUCUUCGACUGAGGAAAACGGCGAGUUUUCUUUGAAAGUAUGGAUGACCAGACCAGGAUGCUGACGGGUCUCACCGGACUCGGUGGACUAGCACAAGCCGAUGUCGGUGACCCAGACUCUGUUAGAAAACAACAAUCCCUCGGUCAACCUCAACAAGACAUAGGGGACAUCCUACAGCAAAUAAUGGCCAUCACCGACGAAAGCCUGGACGAAGCACAGGCCAGGAAGCAUGCCCUGAACUGUCACAGAAUGAAGCCAGCCCUCUUCAGCGUUCUCUGUGAGAUCAAAGAGAAGACGGUGCUGAGUAUACGAGGUGUGCAGGAAGAGGACCCCCCAGAUCCCCAGAUCAUGCGGUUGGACAACAUGCUGCUAGCAGAGGGUGUGUCAGGACCAGAGAAGGGCGGAGGAUCAGCUGCGGCGGCUGCAGCUGCGGCAGCAGCAGGAGGCUCACCUACCGACAGCAGCAUCGAACACUCGGACUACAGAGCCAAGCUCGCCCAGAUCCGCCAGAUCUAUCACUCUGAGCUGGAGAAAUACGAGCAGGCCUGCAGUGAGUUCACCAACCAUGUAAUGAACCUGCUGAGAGAGCAGUCUCGCACACGGCCCAUCUCUCCCAAGGAGAUUGAGCGCAUGGUGGCCAUCAUCCACCGCAAGUUCAGCUCCAUUCAGAUGCAGCUUAAACAGAGUACCUGUGAGGCUGUCAUGAUUCUGCGCUCGCGCUUCCUUGACUGCCAGGUACGUAAGAGGCGCAACUUCAACAAGCAAGCUACAGAGGUGCUGAACGAGUAUUUCUACUCCCACCUCUCUAACCCUUACCCUAGUGAGGAAGCCAAGGAGGAACUGGCCAAAAAGUGUGCGAUCACUGUGUCUCAGGUCUCUAAUUGGUUUGGUAACAAGAGAAUACGCUACAAGAAGAACAUUGGUAAGUUCCAGGAGGAAGCGAACCUCUACGCAGUUAAAACGGCGGUGGAUGCUGCGAAUGUGUCUGCGCAGGCUAGCCAGGCUAACUCUCCAGCAACGCCCAACUCAGGUGGAUACCCUGCACCGUGCUACACACCUGACGGGCGGCUAUGAGGAGCUGUCGGGUAGUGACCUCUAUACCCCUCAUCGCCUGGAUGCUAACAGCUGGCAGGACACCACCAACCCCCCCUCGGUCACCUCUCCUCCCGGUCCUCCUGGCAGCGUCCACUCCGACACCUCCAACUGAUUCAGUGGCUCUCCCUGCCAUCACUUCAUUCCCACUGAGGUCCACUCUGACUACCAUUCUCUGUCUUCAUUUUUCACUACUCCCUCGUCUCAACUACAGCCACACAAGGCUGUGCUCGCAUUUCAUAAACACACACACUGUGCUGGAACACAGGACAGCCGAACAGUAGUUAGGAGGAGUUCUCCCUCCACCCCACAGCUCCACUUCAAUGCUAGAAGCUCCUUCACUCAGAAUAAAAAGAGCGAUGGAGCUUACUGAUGCUGAGACAGAUAGAAAACAUCUUUACUAUCACAGACCUUUUGAAAACCACUGACCCAGCUGUGUAGAUGAUCAUGAUGUCUGUACAUUAUGUGUAUAUGCACGUUAACUUAACACAGUACUCACACAGCUUGUCCAUGUGCUGUUGACCUCUGCACUUGACUCUUCGCUUUGGAAAACUGUGUGUGUGAUUGCCUGUAUCUCUUGAAGCCUUGGCAUUUGACGGCCAAACUGUUGAUACGGAUCACCAGGGAGCUCUGCUCACCUUGCUCGUACCAAAGUGCUGCCCCGGUAGUUGUCAACACAUCUGUUCCUCCGAGAUCACCCUCUGCCAACUCAACACAAGACACUGUUAUACCUUCCAGUCCUUAUAGCUUGAUAUUUCAUUCUGUUGGGAGAUUUUAAAAAAAGUGAAUAAUUGAGAUAUGCACAAACGUGCAUGCAUCCCCUUUCCAUAACACAACUUUUCAGUCGUUUUCAUAUUGAGCUGACAUAAAAGAUGUGUCAAGCACAAACGUUAGCAUCCUUGUUAUGGGUGUCUCUACCUGUAGGUAGGGUAGUUAAGGGGAUCACUGAUCUAAAGCAGGCAGGGCUGGUGAAGAGGAGGAAUGGGCAGAGGAGAAUAUCUUUGGUUGAGUGGAUGUAACUAAUAGCCCUUUUUGUUGCUAACCAAUAGAGGGUGUUGGUAGAUGGCUUGUAGACUUUACUUCUUGCUUUCUGUCCACUAGUUUAUUUGAUUGUAGGCUAUUUUCUAAUGCUGUUUCACCAAGAAUGCACCAGCCACCACCAAAAAUGAGCUCAAUAAAGCAUCUAAAUGACGUUAUGAGAAGGGUGGAAAGAUUGUGGGGCAUUGAUGUGUUAUUGGGACAAACGUGACAUGAAUUUAGAAACGUGACUGUCUUCCAUGCAUGUAGGACUUCUAGGCGUGAUAUUAUUGUUUUCAUUUAACCUUCAAGUUUUUAGCUUCGUUUUUAUUAACAAAAAUAAUAAAAGGGUAUAAUUAUUACAGUCAGACCAAAAAGGAAAAAGUGCAUCAUGUAUUGCUAUGAUGUGUGUGUCUCUGUGUGGGUGUGUGUACAGUGUUCUUGGGAUGUCUCAGUCAAACUGGCUGGUGCCCUCUGACCUUUGUAAGCAUUAUAGAGACUGGGUGCUUCCAGCCAAUGACACACUAGGUGGGAUUCAACUGAGAUCUCCUCCCCCAUCUUGAAACAUUUAAGCUUGUGAGCCCGAGGCAACACACUACAACCAUCCGUUGUACCGAAAACCAAAAAUACCAUGUUCAGCAAUGUAAUAAUGCUACUCUGUGUCUCUAAAGUUGGUGCACAGCCACCUUUUCAGUUCGAGGAGAGGAGGGAAUUAUAUUUGUAUCUGUGUCUCUGUGUGGUGUCGUCAUGCCUCAAGUUGAUUUGAUUUUUUGGGGUUUCUGUUAUGGGGCGUCGUGGGAGGGGCGGGUGGAGUGAGGACUGUCAUAUCACACCUAUAAUUUGAUUGUGAGCCUAUUAGAAAGAUAAGCUCUCCCCUUAACCAAUCCUUUUAACACCUUGUUAAACCACAACUGUUUUGUUUUUAGUUCUAUGGCCAAUUGGGCAAGGGCUUCUCUCUCUCCUCUGUUACCAAAAAAAGAGGCAGUUAGAAAAACUCCUAACUCGUGUUCAAGACGAACCUGCAACGUUUUUGGGGAUUUUUAUUUUUUUUGGAACUAUUUUAUACAUUAACUGUUAUGUGAUUAACAAAGCAUUUUGAUAGUAAGGUAAAGCCUUAUGAAGAUUUCGGUGUCACUCAAGACUUGUUAAACCAUGUUACAGAACAAAACUUGAGCUUAUAAGCUGGUCACGUGAUAUCCCACAUCUAAUUACUUGUUUUGUUACUCAUCGCGGUUCAUACGACUGUAUCUUAUGAAUAAUGUUAUCGCCACACCAAAUUAUCAUGCCCCCCCUUUUUCUACCUGUUGUAAUGGAUGUCAUUGUACAGUUUGUGUAAUGUUUCAGUAUUUUUUCUUUUCUUUUAUAAACUGUUUGUUUGAGAUGCCAGUUUUAUUUGGCCUUUGUCACAGGAUUCACGAUAAUUAUCAAUUUUGAACAUUAUUUAGGUUUUGUUACAUAACCGAGGUGGCAAUGUCGGGUUUACAGGUGUAACGUUUGGUGCUGUGGAAAGACGAUUGUAUCAAUUGAGGUUCUCCAAUGGACAUUAUUUGGUGUAUUUUGCCGUAUAGAUUCAUAAACCUCCCCCUCCCCCCUUCAGUUUCUACCUUUUCCACACUUACCCAAGUAUUCACCCAUUUGUGCUUCAUUUAUUUCUUUUUGUUGUUUUUAAAUCAACUAAGUUACAACUUUGUUUAUGGAGUGGCAAAAGACGUUUUGAAACUGUUACAUGGACGAUGUAAAUUCAUGAGAACUAAAUGUAAAUGUGCAGCUGUUGUCUGUUUUGUGAAAAGUUAAAUCACAAACUCUAAACAUAUUCCAGUCUGAAAUUUUUAAUGCCGAAAUAUUGUGAGAAUAUGCAAGCAGUACAUUUACAAACAGGAAAUUAACCACUUAAUAGCAACUUCAUUUAAAAUGACCUUCACUUAAAGCAGAUGGUCUACACAUUAAUGCCUAAACACGUAGAGCUCGAGGUAAACAUUAUGUGGUCCUUUUUGCAGCAGAUCUGCAAAUCUAAAAACACAAACUCACUUUACGUUGGGCUGUUAAUCAUUUUUAAAUCUUGUUUGGAUUCUGCAAAUGACUAAAUGACUUCCACAGCACCAAAUGGCUUCUUAAACCUUUUUGAUUUCUUUGUUUUUAUUAGUAUAUUUGUAUCUCCCCUCUUUCCCUUGUAUUUACCCCUCUCUCUACCUCUGUCUUUCCAUUUCUCUUGUAUAUAACCCCCACUGUUUUCAGACUUGUGAGUCUGUAUGAACUCCUUUUAUACCUCAACUUUAGAAUUGUUCUAGAAAGAGUAAAACAAAAAGGAAGAAUAUGACAAAUUGUAGUGUUCUUAUUAGAAAAUUAAUAAAAUGAUUUAGUGUGAUUUCUUUCAUUUGAUUUCAGAUUUUAGGAGUGUUUCAUUUUAUAAUUUGUCACAAAUGCUCUUGUGAUAGUCAAACGUAAUAAAAGGAGAGAUUGCACCAUC